AGCACGUUGUAUUAGAAAACGCGACACAGAAGAAGAAGAAGUGCAGCGCGGUUGAGUGUGACACGGUGUGGAAUAAUCACAGCGGCACGUUUCUACAUUAUCAGUAGUGAAAUUAGAAAUUGGUUCUUUGUCCUCCGUGAAGCACACGCCGAGAGGACGACUAUACCGUGCAUCCGAAGAAGUUUUAUUCGUAAUCAGGAAGAAUGACUGAACCAGAAGUUAACCCAAAGGCGUAUCCUCUGGCUGACGCCACUUUAACUAAAACCAUCCUGGAUUUGGUUCAACAAGCAUCCAAUUAUAAACAGCUGCGGAAAGGAGCUAAUGAAGCCACUAAAACUCUCAAUCGUGGGAUCUCUGAAUUCAUAGUGAUGGCUGCUGAUGCAGAGCCACUGGAGAUCAUUCUUCAUUUGCCGCUGCUGUGUGAAGAUAAGAACGUCCCGUAUGUGUUUGUGCGCUCCAAGCAGGCCUUGGGCCGAGCGUGUGGAGUGUCCCGGCCUGUAAUCGCCACCUCAGUCACUAUAAAAGAGGGUUCACAGCUGAAGCCUCAGAUCCAGUCUGUGCAGAUGGCCAUUGAGAGACUGUUGGUCUGAUGUGACUCUGGGAACUAGAUACGUUUUGAACAAGGGUUUUUUUUUUUUUUUGAGAAAUGUUGGUCAUGAUUUAAUUCAGAUAUGCUUGAAUUUCCUUCUUUUACGUGUACCAUUCACGUUAAAAUAAUGUAUACAUUGCCAGUUCCUAUACUUUUUAUUUUUUUUUAUCAAAAUGCUGAUCCAUAUGAACAUAUUCUGCAGAAACUAUUUUACAUGCUUGCAAUAAAAAUGUUCACAGACAGAGUGAAGUUACUUUAAA